AUGUCGGGCAAAUCGGAUCGUAAAAACAAAUGGGCGGCGGUGCGAGGCCGGCUCGGGUCGUCCCAGGACUCGGACGGUCAGCAGGAGGCCAACCUGGAGAGCGCCGACCCCGAGCUGUGCAUCCGCCUGCUGCAAGUGCCCACCGUGGUCAACUACUCCGGGCUCAAGCGGCGUCUGGAGGGCAGCGACCAGACAUGGAUGGUGCAGUUUUUGGAGCUGAGUGGCCUGGACCUGCUGCUGGAGGCCCUGGACCGGCUGUCGGGACGGAGCUGUUCCAGGAUCGCGGACGCCCUCCUGCAGCUCACCUGUGUCAGCUGCGUGCGGGCCGUCAUGAACUCCUCGGCGGGGAUCCACUUCAUCAUCGAGAACGAAGGCUACAUCCGCAAGCUGUCUCAAGCCUUGGAUACGUCCAACACGAUGGUGAAGAAGCAAGUGUUUGAGCUGCUGGCCGCGCUCAGCAUGUUCUCAGCGGAUGGACAUCGUCUGGCUCUGGAUGCUCUCGAUCAUUACAAGGGCGUGAAGGUGCAGCAGUACAGGUUCAGUAUGAUCAUGAAUGAGCUGCAGGGCACAGAUAACGUCCCCUACAUGGUCACUCUGCUCAGUGUCAUCAACGCCAUCAUCUUUGGCACCGAUGACCUACGGCAAAGAGACCGGAUGAGAAAGGAAUUUAUUGGCCUUCAACUGCUUGAUAUUCUCCCCAAAUUAAGGGAGCAGGAGGAUGAUGAUUUGAUGAUUCAAUGUGAGGCCUUUGAGGAGGCUAUGGCUGAAGAUGAAGACGAGCUGCUGAGGGUGUACGGGGGGAUCGACAUGAGCAACCACCUGGAGGUCUUCACCACUCUCUUCAACAAAGUUAGCAGUUCUCCAGCCUCACUUCAGCUCCUGUCCAUUCUGCAAGCCUUGCUGCUGCUGGGACCAGACCGCACCGAUAUUUGGGUCGCAGUGGAAGCCAUCAUCAACAGAGCUCUGCUGGUGGCUCAAGACUCUCAGAUGGGCUCCUGCGACACCAUCCUGCAGCGGUUGACGUCCUCCAAAGGGAAAAGUUACCAGGGACAGCACGAGUUGGACGGACUGGUCGACAAGGCUGACAAAGCUGUGCAAACGGAUGUCCCGGAUGGCAAUGGCGUGUUGGACAAAAUUCAGAAAUCUCCUCAGAGACCAUCAUGUGCCUCUCAUCCACCUCCACCUCCUCCACCUUUGCCCAACAGCUGCCCUCCUCCUCCUCCCCCGCUGCCAGGGUUGACCAGUGCCCCUCCACCUCCUCCUCCUCUCCCUCCCUGUGCUCCUGGGUUGCCUCCACCACCGCCGCCUUUACCUGGAAUGGCCCCGCCACCGCCUCCACCUCCUCCUCCGUUACUCGGCAUGGCACCCCCGCCCCCCCCUCCCCCUGGUAUGGACAUGAUCGUGGCCCAGAGCGCGCAGAGCCUGGGCCGCAGCGCCUCGCUCCGGACGCACCGAUGUCCCACUCUGAGGAUGAAGAAGCUCAACUGGCAGAAACUCAGGACUGUCACUGACGGGCACUCCAUGUGGACGUCGGUUCAGAAGGACCCUCCUCCGCGAGAGCCUGACUACAGCAGCAUCGAGCAGCUGUUCUGUCUCCCGGUGACCGAGCCCAAAGACAAGGGGGCAGCUGCUCCUGUCAAGAAGGAGCCUAAAGAGAUCACGUUUAUUGAUCCAAAGAAAAACUUGAAUUUGAAUAUUUUCCUCAAGCAGUUCAAAUGCUCAAACGAGGACUUUGUUGCCAUGGUGCAGAGUGGCGAUCGAUCCAGAUUUGAUGUCGAGGUGCUAAAACAGCUCUUAAAACUGCUGCCAGAAAAGCAUGAGAUUGAGAAUUUGAAGUCAUUCCAAGGGGAAAAGGAAAAGCUUGCCAACGUGGAUCGCUUCUACAACUCGCUCCUUACAGUUCCGUGUUAUCAGCUGAGGAUUGAGUGCAUGCUGUUGUGCGAGGAGACUGCAUCAGUGUUGGACAUUCUCAGGCCUAAAGUCAAACUGGUGGAGGCGGCUUGUCAGGCUCUCCAAAAAAGCAUCCACUUGCCCAGCUUCUGCAAGCUCAUUCUUGACGUUGGCAACUUUCUCAACUAUGGAAGUCACACAGGGAACGCAGAAGGCUUUAAGAUCAGCUCUCUGCUCAAGCUCACGGAGACUAAGGCCAACAAGAGCCGUAUAACCCUGCUUCACCACAUCCUGGAGGAAGCAGAAGCAAACCACCCAGAGCUGUUGGCACUGCCCGACGACAUUGAAAUCUGCGAGAAAGCAGCGGGAAUCAACCUAGAGUCGGUUCAGACUGAAGCAAAUGGCUUAUUGAAACGACUAACUGAUACUGCCAAGAAAGUGUCCAAUUCUGCAGAGGAAGUGAAGGAGCAGUAUACACAAGUGCUGGAGGAAAAUGUGGAGGCAUGUCGAACUCUGAGUGAAAGGUUCUCGGAGAUGGAGAAGAGGAGGAGUGAGCUGGCAGUGUAUCUGUGUGAAGAUGCCAAUCAGCUGUCGCUAGAAGACCUCUUUGGAACCAUCAAAACUUUUCGGCAACUCUUCAUCAGGGCUCUGAAGGAAAAUAAAUCGAGGAAAGAGCUGGCAGCCAAAGCAGAAAAGAGAAAGAAGCAGCUGGCGGAGGAGGAAUCAAAGAGGCAGAAGGGAGAGAAUGGAAAGAUAAUCAAGAGGGGUGUUGUGCCUCAAGAUGAUGGCUGCAUUGUUGACCAGCUCCUGGCUGAUAUCAGGAAAGGUUUCAGCCUUAGAAAGACCAGGCCCAGGUGCGAUUCGGGAACCCUCCCUUCUAAUGAAAUGCGUAGGGAUACCUGCCCGCCUGAGUCAAAUGUGAAGCCUGCAAAGUACGAAAACGCCGCUCAAGCAACCAUUUCCGCGCAGUCCUCCAGCCCUCAAGCUCCGGUCUGUACAGGAGACGGGACCAGCUUCAGCCGCCCGUCAGGAGAGGCUCCACAGGUAGACCCGAGGCCCGCAGAAACAGCCACGCAGACUCUGCCACGCCCAGGAAAUACAGCAAGCGCGCCCACUCAAGCACCCCCGUCAAAAUCAAAUGCAACCUCAACACCCAGCAAUCCAUCUACGCCGUUGGGGGAGGAAGCGAGCCGAAGUCUAGCUCCAGAAAACCAGGAGCUGUUUCUUCCGACGACGAAUGGGUAUGCGUUGGAUUCUAGCGAUUCGGGGAUCCUAAGUCCCUCCUCGCUCUCGGACGCAGACUUGCUCGAAGCGGUUUUGGAUGGAGGUUCGGAGAAGUUGCAGGAGCCUAAACACGAGAGUCCCAGAACAGAAAUUGCCAAAAGUUGUGAAGGCAUUAUGAAAAGCAAUGAUGCCAGUGGUGAUGCAAAAAUCAAUUUAUCAAAAACUGAAAAGGGGCUGGAGCAGGGGAGUGAAGAAUUUGAAGUUUUGGGUCUGGAUGAGGCAGAUGUGGCUCUGAAAAGCAAUAAGCCUGCAGUUGGCCAGGCUUUUGAUGUCCCUGAUGGAGUGGAGAUGGCUGAAGAGAUGGCCGAAGAGGUGCCUGCUCCAUCAGAACCCACAAAGCCUGAACCAAAGCGAAAAAACUUCUUUAAACGCAACAAUAAAAGUAAACAAGGUAACAGUGGGAAAGGACACGCUAAACAUAAAAAAGGCUGUGUUUUGAUGUGA